AUGGCGGCCAUCUCUGCAGGCUAUAGCCUAUAUAUAUAAUUCUUCUAAACCUGCAAAAAUGGCGGCCAUUGUUGUAUUAAGGAAAGCUCACAAGAAGAAGAUACAAAGGAAUACGUCUAGCCAUAUCUCUUUCAGGCGAAAUCCAAGUCACUUGAAAUUUUGAAUUCCAGAUUCAACUGCUCAAGUUGAUUUUGGAAAUGGAUCCAUUAUAUGAGGCUGAACUCAAUGAAGAUGCACCAAAGGAAGUUCUACCAAUUGAAGUACCUUCCAUUUCACUCCACGAGUUAAAGGAAAUCACUAACAAGUUUGGACCGAAAACUUACAUCGGAAAAGGCUCAUUUGGAACAGUUUACCAUGCUCUUCUUAGUAAUGGAAGAGAAGCAGCCAUCAAGAAGUUGAAUGCAAACAAUCAACCCGAGGAUGAGUUUCUAGACCAGGUUUCUAUGGCGUCUCGACUGAAACAUGAAAACUUCGUUGAAUUGCUUGGUUAUUGUGUUGAGGGUAAUAAACGUGUCCUUGCUUAUGAGUUUGCAUCUAAGGGUACUCUGCAUGAUCUUCUUCAUGGAAAGAAAUGUGGUAAAAGAGAAGAAUCAAUCCCUGUUCUCUCAUGGACUCGAAGAGUAAAAAUUGCUGUAGGAAUUGCUAAGGGACUUGAGUAUUUGCAUACGAAAGCAGAUCCUAAAAUUUUCCAUGGAAAUCUUAGUUCAAGCAAUGUACUAAUCUUUGAUGAUGAUGUAGCCAAGAUUGCUGACUUUAAUUUAUCAAAUGAAAUUGUUGACACAACAUCUUAUGACUAUGUAAUGACUUCAGUAAAGAAUGAUGACAAAACUGAUAUAUAUAACUUUGGUGUCAUUUUGCUCGAGCUUUUGACUGGGCAUAAACCUAUGGAUCAUUCAGUACCUCGUAAACAGAAGAAUCUGGUGGCAUGGGUAAUUCCUAAAAUUGAUGAAGACAAAGUCUUAGAGUGCAUUGAUCCAAGCAUAGAAGGGGAGUAUGCUUUCAGUCAUGUAGAAAAGAUGGCUAGGCUUGCUGGGUUGUGUGUACAGGAAGAACCAGAUUUCCGACCUAACAUGAGCAUCAUGGUUAAAGCACUACAACCACUUCUAGACUCAGAAUUGGGCGUGACUUUCGAAAUGGAACCAUUACAAGAGGCUGAAGAUGUACCAGUUGAAGUGCCUACCAUUUCACUACACGAGUUAAAUGAAACUACUAAGAACUUUGGACCUGAAACUUUAAUUGGAAAAGGCUCAUUUGGAGCAGUUUAUCACGGUUUUCUUAGUAAUGGAAGAGAAGCAGCCAUCAAGAAGUUGGAUGCAAAUGAUCAAUCAUAUGACGAGUUUCAAUCCCAGGUUUCUAUGGCGUAUAUGUUGAAACAUGAAAACUUUGUUGAAUUGCUUGGUUACUGUGUUGAGGGUAAUGAACGCUUCCUUGCCUAUGAGUUUGCACCUAAUGGUUCUCUACAUGAUAUUCUUCACGGGAAGGAAUGUGUUAAUAGAGAAGAACCGGGCCCUGUCCUGUCAUGGAUUCAACGAGUUGAAAUUGCUGUAGGAGUUGCUAAGGGACUUGAGUAUUUGCAUACGAAAGCAGAUCCUAUAAUCUUCCAUGGAAAUCUUAACUCAAGCAAUGUACUAAUCUUUGAUGAUAAUGUAGCCAAGAUUGCUGACUUUGAUUUAUCAAAUGAAAUUGUUGACACGACAUCUCAACAUUAUAAAAUGUGGUCACUAAAGACUGAUGACAGACAUGAUAUAUAUAGCUUUGGUGUCAUUUUGCUUGAGCUUCUAACUGGCCGUGAAGAAAAGAAUCUAGUGGAAUGGGUAAUUCCUAAAAUUAAUAACUUGGAGGAGUACAUUGAUUCAAGAUUAGAAGGCGAGUAUCAUCUACGUCGUGCAACAAAGAUGGCUACGCUUGCUGGGAUGUGUGUACAAGAAGAACCACUUUUCCGGCCUAACAUGAGCAUCAUGGUUAAGGCUUUACAGCCACUUCUAAAUCCAGAAUGAAUCUGAAAAAACAAAUUAUGAAUGUUUUUUUUUUUGUAUAUUUGUAUGAAAACAAGGUGAUUAAUGAUUAUUGAAUGUUUGCUAAU